AUGAAAGUACCCUUUUCUGGAAAUAAUCACAAGAACCAAUCAUUGAACUCGAAACCGGUGGUUACGACAACUUGGACCACCACUUCUCCGGGCAACACCGCGCCCACUACCUCUCCCUACGAGCCAAAACCGGUUCUUGAACUCUACGGAAGCCCGAUUCCUGUUGCCAAAAAGGCCAUAUCGAAUUGUACCACAGCUGGUAUUUCAACAAUUCUUGACGAUCCUCUUCAACUGGGAGAUCAUGCGCUGAACCACCACUUUGAGGAUUGGGAUUUGGGUUUGGAUGACGAUUUGAUCCCUGUUUCAAAACCUGCUUCUCAACUCGGUACUCUCUGUGAUCAGCAGUAUGCAUCCAUCCCUGAGUUCACACCUGUAAGCUCCUUUGAUUCAUCAACUCGGGUUGAGCCAUCUGAUUUUAGUCCUCUCUCUGAUAUCAUCACUACUGCACCUUUGAGUCAUAGCAAUAAUAUCAUCCACCCAUUUGACCUAUCUGGAGAAAUCCAAAAUUUGAAUAACAAUAACUCGAAUGUGAGAUUCGUAGAUGAGUUAAUCCGACUUGCUGAGUGCUUGGAGACAAACUCGCUACAAGUCGGGCAGGUAUCAUUGGCACGUCUCAAUCAACAGCUGAGGUCUCCCACCGGAAAGCCCCUCCAGAGAGCUGCCUUCUACUUCAAAGAAGCCCUCCAAUCCCUACUCUCCGGGUUGACUCGACAGACUCACCCUGCCAGCUCUUCAGAGAUCAUCCAGACCAUCAAAGCGCAGAAAAUGUUCUCAGGCAUCUCCCCAAUUCCCAUGUUCUCAAGCUUUACGGUUAACCAAGCCGUGCUUGAAGCCUUAGAGGGCUGCAUUCAUGUCCACAUCAUUGACUUUGAUAUUGGGCUUGGCAGCCACUGGGCUCCGUUCUUGAAAGAGCUAGCUAAUAAAGCUGAGUCGGGUAAAGCUAUCCCAGCUCUGCUUCGAAUUACAGCUAUAGUUCCUGAAGAGUAUGCAACGGAAUCAAGGCUGAUCAGAGAGAAUUUGUCCCAGUUUGCACGUGAGCUGAAUAUUAUGCUCCAUAUUGACUUUGUUUCGAUAAGUACCUUUGAGUACUUAUCUUUCAAGGCCAUCAAAUUGAUGGACGGGGAAAAUGUUGCGGUUCUUUUAUCUCCAGCAAUAUUCCAGCAUGUCGGGACAGGAUUUCUCAAUGAUCUCCGCGGAAUUUCACCGCUUGUGGUGGUGCACGUGGAGAGUGAAGUGCAGAUGGGAUUCGAAGCGCCGUCGUAUCACCAAGCUGUGAUUGAUGGUCUAGAUUUUUAUUCCACUUUAUUCGAGUCACUUGAGGCUGCAAACGUAAACAGCGGUGGUGUUGGUGGAGGUGACGAUUGGAUAAGAAAGAUCGAGACUUUCGUGUUUCUUCCCAAGAUUUUGGAGGCAGUGGAGGCGGCCGGCUACGGCAGAAAGCCGUGGAGGGAGGCGCUUGUAGCAGCAGGAUUGAGGCAGGUGGGGCUGAGUCAGCUUGCUGACUUUCAAGCUGAGUGUUUACUAAGGGAAGCAAAAGUCAGAGGAUUCCACGUGGCAAAACAGCAGGAGGAGAUACUGCUUUGCUGGCACAAUAGGCCACUUGUUGCCACAUCAGCUUGGAGGUAUUAG